AUGGACAGGGACCUGAAUCUCAGCAGGGCAGAAACCUUUUCAUUCAUCAAUCCCUGGAUCCGUUAUUUUCUCUUCCUCUCCAGUUUCUUAUUUUGGGUAUUUUCUUUAUGCAUUGUUGCUAUAGGAGUAUAUGCUACAGUUCACAAAGCAACUGAGCCGGUUCAAGACACCUUCCUCAUCAACCCAGGCAUCAUAUUAAUAGUGGUGGGUGUUGUCAUGUUCUUUAUCACCUACUGUGGAUGCAUCGGAGCACUGCGAGAAAACAUUCCACUCCUUAAAACAUUUUCUUUCAGCCUCACGCUGGUCUUCCUCGCCCAACUGAUAAUAGCAAUCCUGAGCUUCAUUUACUCUGACCAGACACGAGAUGCUCUGGGGAAAUUUGUGAAGAAAGCCAUCGUGCAUUACCGUGACGACCUGGACCUUCAAAAUCUCAUGGACUACAUUCAGCAAGAGUUUCGAUGUUGUGGCUGGAAUAACUACACCGACUGGUCCUGGAACAUCCAUUUUAACUGCAGUCGGAGAAACCCAAGCGAGGAGACGUGUGCAGUUCCUUUCUCCUGUUGCACCCCUGCACCUACAAAGACUGUGAACAACACUAUAUGUGGUUUUGGGAUUGAAGCUCAAAAGCACUUGAAGGCUGCAGAGUCCAUUUACACAGACGGAUGUGCAGAUAGAGCAGCAACAUGGGUUGAAUCUCAUCUGCUUUUAGUCGGGACUCUGGUUUUGGGUCUGGCUCUACCACAGAUCGCAGGCAUCAUGCUGUCUCAGAUGCUCAUUUCUCAGAUCGAGAACGAGAUUAAUUCAUUACCCUAG